AAACAUUUUUGCCCUAACAUUGGUUUGAGGUCUCUAAUCUGUUUGGAUGUGUCCUGUGUUCGCCCCGGUGCUUUAUGGGAAUUGUAGUUCCUGAAGGUUCUGGAAACGUUGCAGUGACGUUGCGGUAACGUGACAUAACGUUAGCGAGCUGGAGGCAGUUUGACAACCACUUCCGCCUGUUUUCUUCGCAAGUCUUUGUCUUAUGUGCUUAGUAAAAAAGAAGAGUUGAGGUGUUGUGAAGUCGCGCUGUGUAGGCUAGUCAGCUAGAAUAAGAGCGAUGGAAGGCAGUAAUGGCACCAGCUCGAAGUGGGCGAUGGAGCGGCGGGUGGAGGGGCUGGUGAACAAACACAUGGCAGACAUGGCACUGGACACACUUCAGCAGCGACUCUCUGCUGUGUCCCAGGAAAUGAACCAUCUGUCUGCUGAAAUAUCCAGACGAGAGGACUCGAAGCGUGUGGAGGAUUUACCGCGGAGGAGUGACCCUCACUUCAUCACAGGCUCUCUCCCGGAGUCUUAUCACGAAGAGCUAGUGGAAGAAAAAAAGUUAAUGCCAAACACAUCCACAUCAACAUCCACAUCAACAUCCUCCUCCUCCUCCUCCUCAGCAGAAACUGCAGCUCAAAGAAAAAUCAUAUCACUCCUGCUGGAGAUAAAAGAAGAACAACAGAGGCAGUGGGCUGUGCUAAAAGACCUGCAAGCCAUGAUUCAAGGACACAUGUGUGAGGAGGAUGUUGAAACUCUGGAUAUAGAUCUACCACUACAGACAAUGGAACAGCUUGAUGAAACAGAGAGAUACUUGGAGAAUGAUGGAGCGCAGAAGAGAAUGGUGUCUCACCUCUCCCGGAUGGGUGGUGCAACAGUGGAUGAUGCAGUUAGACGCCUGAUGCAGGCAGUUUUAUCUUUCAGCGUCGGUUCUGAGCUGAACUGGGUUGGUCGAGGACAAAAAAGGAGCUUCAGAAAUACCAGACUGCAAGGAGUUUUAUUCCGUGCAUUAAAGAAGACCCCUGUAGGAAAGGAGGCCACACACCAUCAAUUUGCAGAUGUAGUGAAGAAGUGGCUGCGAUUUGCUCCAUUCAGACAAGGAGGCAGCGGUCGGAGACAGCAUUACAAACCUCCUGUAGAAUUCAUGUGCCCUAAGUAUCAUACUGAUACAGAAGGGUGACAACAGUGUCUUAUUGUUCACCAUCCUGUUUCAACACAGUUCAAAGUAAAAUUCCAAUUAAAAAACACAUUUUUAUGUUUCUCUGUGAAUUAUUUUAAUGAGACUUCUAAAGUAUGAUACAGCAGGAAAAUGACCUCCCUCAAUAUUGUCUUAAAGCAUAAAAAACAGUUCUAAAGCAGUACAUGUUUGGGUUAUCUGAAUCAUGAUUUAUGAAGUAUUUUAAUCUGUUCACUGAAAAUGAAAAGUAUCAUUAUUUAAAUAUUAGUUUGAGACUAGUAUUCUGGCUUUACUAGAUUUAGUUGCAGGUGUUCCUACAGGUAACACAAUGUAAUGUAAUGUUUUUUAGGAGUCACUCAUGAGGUUGGGAUGUAAAAUCAUGAUAUGCUCGUCCAGAUGUCUACAGAUUAUAAGUGCCUUUCUGAAAAUAGAAAGCCGAGUCUGUCCAGUUCAUCAUUCCACAUGAUACUGAAAUGAGUGCAGAAGAGUAAAAUAGUCCAGACAGUGUAAAACAUUCUGUUAUUUAUCUAAUUCAAACAUCAGAAGGAACAGAGAUUGAGUCGCUGACUUGAUUUGAUUUGUGCAAACCCAUACAGAAGGUCAUCUGGCUCUGUACUCUACUUUAGAAGUAGGCUUUUUAAAACAUGUACAAAAUGUGUUUUUUAAGACACGUUGGAAUUUUCUUAAAAACUAUCUGAGUCAAUUAUAUAUGCACAUUCAGGAAGAUUUGAGGCAGUGGCUGAUCUCUUGAAUGAAUGUUUCUAGCAAUAUCUAGAAUGGAAAUUAUAAACCUAAAAUGUGCUGAGAAGUUAUUCAGUAUGAAUGAUAAUCUGAUCAUUUUUAGAUUAAGGAUACUUAUGGAACACUUCAUCACUGUAUGGAAAGAAGUAUUAUAUGGUUACUUAUACUUUUCUUCUACUUUAUUUUAAAGCAAGCACUUGAUGGUUGCGCAUUUGGUUAUGCAUUUUACUUGAUUAAAAAAAAUCAGCAAAGAA